GCAGAAGAUACAGACCUACAUACGAUUUAUCUUCAAUCACAAUGCCCAACGUCCUAGUCACCGGUAGCGCUCGCGGCCUCGGCUUCGAGAUGGUCAAGCGUUUCGCGUCGCAGGGAGAUUUUGUCAUCGCUACAUCGCGAAAGUCCAGUCCUGGCAUCGAGGAAGUCGUUGCGCAGUCCAACGGCCGCGUCGUUUUUGUUCCUCUUGAGGUCACUGAUGAGUCCAGUGUUGCCCAGUCCGUCAACGAGGUCCAGUCGAUUCUGGGCCAGUCGAGUCUGGACAUUCUCGUCAACUGUGCGGGAGUUCUUGCGGCUUUGGAUGGCAAGGUGGCACAGAUGGACGAUCUUGCAUGGCAUAUGUCUGUGAACGUGACAGGCGUGCAUAAUGUCACCCGCGCAUACCUUCCUCUGCUGCAGAGCGGACAGGUGAAGAAGGUUAUCAACAUCUCGAGCACGCUCGGAUCCAUCACAAAUGCCCCGCACAUGGCCUUUUCUCCUACCCCGGCCUACAAAAUCAGCAAAGCGGCUCUCAACGCGUUGACAGUUCAAUACGCCCUGUCCUACCAGGAUGAGGGCUAUACUUUCAUCGCACUGUGCCCUGGCUGGGUUCAAACCGACAUGGGCAGCAAAAAGGCUCAUCUCACAGUCGACGAAGGAGUAAACGGUAUUAUGGAGGUCAUCAAUUCCGUCGAGCAGAAAGAUAACGGCACGUUCAAGAAUACCUAUCAUGCCGGAUGGGAGGUUUACGACGGCAAGGGAAUUCCUUUCUAAGCCUUUCUAUUUGUGUUCGGGGAUCCGAACAGUUUCGGAAAGUGGGCCGUCGGCAGUUUGGUCGGGACGGAGGAUUCUGUAAAUUAUUCAUUGCUUGUCAACUUCUCUACUAUUGCGUCGGAAAUUCUUCAUGUACAUAUAUUAGAAAGAAUGUCACAAGGCUAUUUCAUUGGGGA